AUGCUCGCUUCGCGGGCUGUCUUCAAGUCCAAACUUGUUAGAGGAGUACGACUGUCGCGUGCUCGUUACCAUGACUUCGCCCAGAGCAAGUUCUUUAGGGUGUCAGAAGAGGUACGAGAUGCAGUUGCUACAGGGAAACCAGUUGUGUCCCUUGAGACAACCAUCUAUACACAUGGCUUCCCAUAUCCCGAUAACAUUGCUCUUGCUGCGUUGCUGGAGUCUGCUGUCAGGGCUAAUGGUGGUGUUCCUGCAACUAUUGGCAUCGUCGGUGGUGUGGCCAAGGUUGGUCUCAAUGCGGAAGAAAUGAUCGAGCUGGCCUCGACUGCGGAGAAGAAGAGUGCUUUGAAAGUGUCUCGCAGGGACUUGGGAUAUAUUUGUGGCUUGGGUCUGGCUGGCAAGAAAUUGCACGGCGGUACCACGAUCUCUGGCACUAUGAUUCUCUCAGAGCUAGCUGGCAUCAAGAUCUUUGGUACCGGUGGACUAGGUGGCGUUCAUCGCGGAGGAGAAAACUCCAUGGACAUUUCUGCUGAUCUUACCGAGCUGGGACGAACCCCGGUGACAGUCAUUAGCUCGGGUUGCAAAAGUUUCUUGGACAUUCCUCGAACUCUGGAAUACCUCGAGACGGAAGGCGUUUGUGUUGGUACCUUUGCAGAUGGCCGAGAGGGCCCUGUCGAUUUCCCUGCCUUCUACACCCGUGAGAGUGGAAUUCGCAGCCCAAAAGUUAUCCAAAAUGAAGCCGAAGCUGCUGCUAUUGUUUAUGCCCAGUCCAAGCUCCCACUAUCCUCUGGGAUUCAUUUCGCCAACCCUGUUCCUCUGGAAUACUCAAUCCCCAAGGCUGACAUGGAUUCUGUCAUUGAGGAGGCUGUUCGUCUCGCCGACGUAGAGGGCUACCACGGCAGUGACAACACACCCUUUGUACUCAGCAAGAUCAAGGAACUGAGCGGUGGAAAGAGUGUAGUGGCAAACCGUGCUCUGAUCGAGUCCAAUGCCAAACGUGCAACCCUUGUAGCCGUGGAACUUGCCAAACUCGAACAGUCUGAUCGAGCAGAGGAUCGACACAUGCCAGCAAUGCCAGGCGUAGUCUCGCCAGCUGCAGAUAUCUCUGCAGCGGACACUCCCAAACACAUCAAUUCAGCCCCGACCCCAAUCGAAAACGCAGAUGUCAUCGUCGCCGGCUCCCUCGCCAUCGACCUAUCCUGCGACUACACCCCCUUCGGCGACGAACUAACCCAAGUCGCACCGGUCCCGCAUACCUCCAACCCAGCAGUAAUAGCCCAAAGUCUCGGCGGCGUCGGCCACAACGUCGCUGUAGCAGCCAACUACGUCGGCAGUUCAGUGAUCUUCUGCAGCGUGGUCGCAGACGACCUAAGCGGACGCGCCGCCCUCUCGGCCCUGGAAAAAGAAGGCCUAAGCACGAUAGGUGUAUCCAUCCUUCCCGCAACACCAGGUACGCGCACAGCACAAUACAUCGCCAUAAACGACAUCAAAAAGGACCUGCUAGUAGCCAUGGCAGACAUGGGCAUCGUCGAACUCCCCGAAUCCCAACUGGACUUUAACGGAUUUUGGGAGCCGCUCAUCGAGCGCACGAAGCCAAAAUGGGUCGUUGUUGACGCGAACUGGCGUCCGGAGGUGAUGGCAAAGUGGAGCGCCGUUGCACGCAAGCACGGAGCCCGCGUGGCAUUCGAGCCCGUCUCCACGGCCAAGGCGCGUCGUCUUUUCGGCGGCGAUGCGAGUGGCACUGGUGCUGCCAUCGGACCUAAGCACACUGUACCUGAUAAUGUCAUCAGCAUGGCUUGCCCGAAUAAACUAGAGCUGGCUGCUAUGUUCACCGCUGCACGCGAGGCACAGUUAUUCGAGUCGACCGGGUGGUGGCAUGUCAUCGAUUCAAUGAACAUGAGUCCAGCAGGAUCACGAGAGCGACUCGUACAGUUGACUUCGCCAACACUAGUGGACGAGGGUCUUCCACAACAGACUAUCCAGCUGCUUCCGUUCAUUCCUUGUAUUAUUACGAAGCUUGGUGGCGCGGGUGCUCUUCUCACGCAGCUUUUGCCGCCAGGCGAUCCUCGUCUUACGGAUCCGGAGUCUGCGCCCUAUAUUCUGGCACGCUCGCAUGUUGAAUCGGAUGUGCCGUUCGGAGGUGUUUAUAUGCGGCUGUUCUCUCCAGCUACUAUUCUUGGUGCACAGGAUAUUGUUAGUGUCAACGCGGCUGGUGAUACCUUGCUUGGUGUUGUGGUGGCUGGUCUGGCGAAGGGUGAGACUGCGCGUAUUGAGGAUAUCAUCCCUAUUGCUCAAGAGGCAAGUCGGAAGACACUUGCUAGUGCCGGGGGGUUAGCAAGGAUCUAA